AUUGCACCAAAAGAGUUCAAAAUUUUCGGCUCUAUUUACAGUAAAGAUUCGAAAUAAUUAAAUAAAAUUUUGAUUUUCUCCAGUUUCCCUCUUUCUUGAAAAUUAUUUAAUUUUUGUCCUUCUUCAUUGGCGAGAUUCUCAAAAAAUAAAUUGAUUAACAAAAUCUAUGAAUAUCCAGUUGAAACGAAUAUAAACCUGAUUUGAUCGGUUUUUGUACUGUAUCAUCUUCAUUUCUUUUUUCUUUCUUUUCUCUGUGUGAUUUAGACCCUCUGAUUUAAUGCAAUAUACACUCACCAUUGCAUAAAGAAACAACUUUCUCUGUUCUCACUACAGAGAAAGAAAGGGAGACUCUAAGAGGGUUUUGUCUGUGUUCUUCCAGAGGAUUCGAACUAAAAUCCAAUGUUAUUAUUAUACGUCGAGAUCUAGAAGAGAGUGAAGAAGAAGGGUUUUUGUUUUUGCUUCUGUUUUUCUCUGCUUCCCUCUAAAAAAAAUCAAAACUUUGUUUCUUCCUUGGCCGUGAAAUAAUUACACUGGGGUUUAAAAAUCAGUAAUUUCAGAAGUUUAGGAGAGAAAAAAGAUUUGGUUUUUCAGUUGAUGAUUUUGUUCCUGGUUUCAAGUUUUAACUUUUAAUUUCAAAAUUUCCUCUUUAUCUCGUUUUCUGUAAAAUUUUGUGUUCUUUUUAAGAGUUCUUUUUUAUUUAUAAUGUAUUUGAUUGAAAACCAACAAAAUGUAGUAGUAUCCAGAAACUCAUCAUCUUUUGAGCUGGCUUACAAAGUAUUUGAGUAAAAUCAUUACACCAUUUUCUAUUUCACUCUGUUCCUCCUCCAUCAUUUCUCAAUCUUUACCAUACUCUCAUAUUCAGAAUCUUGAGCUUCCAUCAUCAGUAUCAAUAGUAUAUCCGUUCUGUAAUUUGCUGCUCUUCUCCCAUCUCUAAAGCAAAACGAAACCCUAGUUUACUUUUUUUCCCAACAAUCUGGUGGAAUUACUCUGUUCUUUAAGCAGGAUUUAGGGGGCAAUAUAGCGGGAUUCCCGGAUAUGAUUAACUUUACACUGCAAUUGAUUGUUUUUAUAUGUUUGAUCUCCACUUUCUAUCCACUUCAAUUUUGAAUUUUUAAUUUAAGAAGUAGAAACCCUAAAACAAUCUCAUUAUUGCUAGAUUCAAACCCAUAAUAUCCGCUGUGAUUUGUUUCUUGCUGCUGUCAAUGGAUUCUGUGAAGACUUCUUCUUCUUCUAAACCUUCUUCGAAUAAUAUUUCUGACAUUGUUUACAGAUUUGCUAAAGUUUGUAGGUUAAGAUCUGUUGGGGUUUUUCCUAAUGAAAACCCUAACCCAAAUCAUCAUCACCACAACAACAACACCACCAACAGCAUCAUUAGUAAGAAGAAUGGUUCUACUGAAGUAAAUAGUGACAGUACUGAAUCUAUAGAAUAUAGUGACUUAAAAAUCCAUCCUGUGAUUGAAACCCAUGAAGAUGUUGCUGCUAUUGCAAUCUUGAAGCUAUUUGAUACGAUUUCAGCUCUGAAAUUAGCUUACAUUCAGCUGCAAGAAGCUCACAUUCCUUAUGAUACUGAUAAGAUCCAAGUUGCUGAUGAUCAAAUUGUUUCUGAGUUAAAAACUCUUUCAGAUAUCAAACGUUCUUUCAAACACAUUUCGAAACCGAAGUCCGGUCGUUCAGGUCCUAUUUCGUAUCAAGAGCUUCGAGAUCACGAGUUACGAUCAGAGAAAAUGAAGUCAGAAGUUUUAAGUAAAGACGCCGAGAUUCUUAAGUUGAAGCAAGAAGUUAAGGAGCUAGAUGUGAAGAAUCAAGAAUUGGAUUUAAUGAUCAGACAGAGAACACUGGAUGGAAAAAAGUCUCUGCCGAAAUCAUUUGCUCAUGCUUUCAAGUCCGCAACAAAAUCAGUACAUGAUUUUGCAAAGCCUUUGAUUAGUUUGAUGAAAGCCUCCGGUUGGGAUCUUGACCUUGCAGUGAAUUCUAUUCAAGACUCCGUCGAGUACUCGAAACGGUCACACAAGAAGUAUGCAUUUGAAGCUUAUUUGUCAAGGAGAAUGUUCCAUGGAUUCUCUUCCCUGACGCCUCACAGUUUAGAUGAUAUCCUGAGGUUCAAAGAUUCAUUUGAUGCAUUGGUGGAAUACCCGAAUUCGGAAUUCGCUAAAUUCUGUAUAUCCAAGUAUCUAUUGGUUGUGCAUCCUAGAAUGGAGUCGACAUUUUUCGGUAAUUUAGAUCAAAGGGCAUUUGUGUUGAGUGGGGGACACCCAAGAACUCCAUUAUAUCAAGCUUUUGUGAAAAUGGCCAAGUCUAUUUGGGUUCUUCAAGCAAUGGCAGCUUCAAAUGAUUCUAAAGCUGAGAUAUUCGCGGUGCGAAGAGGGGCUGAAUUCUCAGAGGUGUAUAUGGAAGAUGUAGUGGAAGAGGAAGAUGAUACACUUCAAACCAAUCCAAAGAGUAGAUUCAAAGUUGGGAUCCUGGUCAUGCCAGGUUUCAAGCUUGGGCAAACUGUGAUCAAGUCCAGGGUUUAUCUCACUAGCUGAAGAACUCAAAUGUCAAUGAGAUUAUGCAAUCUUUAGCAAAUUGUGAGAGCCUAAAACUGCUGGUUGUGGGGUUGACCCAUUUCCCUCUGUAAUGUAACUCGGUUAAGGUAAAUUGUUUUGCAGAUGUGCAAGAAAUCUGGCGGUGUCGCUUUAUUAUGAACUGUACAUAGAAAUCUAAUCCUAAGUUUAGUUUCUGUUCUUGCU